AAAAGAAAAGAAAAGAAAUGCCCAAAGAAUCUUCCAAAACCAAGCGUACUUCCAAGGUUGUUGACGACGGAAAGAAGCGCCGUACCAAGAAGGAUCCCUCUGCUCCCAAACGCGGUUUAUCUGCUUACAUGUUCUUUUCCCAAGACCAAAGACAUGUUGUCAAGGAAAAUAAUCCUGAUGCUAGCUUUGGUCAAAUUGGAAAGAUUCUUGGUGAAAGAUGGAAGAAGAUGACUGACGCUGAUAAGAAGCCUUACAAUCAAAAGGCUGAACUUGACAAGAAGCGUUAUGAAGACGAAAAGGCUAUCGCUGCUGAGAAGCACAGUGAUGACGAGUAGCUUAAAAAAACAAGCCAUGAUGAUAAUCUAGUAUACUGAAUGAAUGAAAUUGAAUGAAAUUGAAUGAGAUGAAUGGUCAGGAUAUAUACACUUUUACGCUGGAGAAGAGUCUAAUUAACAUGGCCUGAUAUAUAUAUAUAAUAAAUAUAUAAAUAAAUAAAAAGAUAAUAAUAAUUU